CCCUCGUUCAAUCCACUCCAUCUCCUCCACUUCUCACCUCUCUCUCUUCCCUUGCCUUCUCUCUCUCUCUCACUAAAAUUCAAGAAAACAAAAGAAAGAACUUGUUCAUCAUCCUCAAACUAGAUAUAAAUACUCUCAUCAUCAUAAUCAUAUUUUAUUUUUCUAUAUUUUUAAUUUUUGAUAUUUAUUUUUAAUUUCUUAGCUACUGUUUUUCCACCAUGUCAACUAUAGUUUGCCAAAAUCUUGUGUCUUGUUUUGAGAUGGAAACAACCACCACCCUAAAGCUGAAAGUGGCGGCUCUGCCGCCGCCUGGUUCGGACUUGUGCGGAAGUGACGAUGAUCAUGCUCCAGCCGAGGUGAAAAGUAAAACAAUUCCUGAAUUUGGCAACUGGGGUUUUCUCCAAACAGUCCCUAAGGAAUCAGGGGAUAAAGAGAGCUGUAUCUACACACCCCCUUUGGCAAGAAAGUCUUCAUUUUCAAGACUCAGUGCUAAGUCCCUGGAAUUAUGCACUGAAAAUUUAGGAAGCGAAACGGGCAGUGACAUCCUAACCGAUAGCAGCAGCAUUUUCUCCUCGCCGCCACUCAGUCCCUCCUCGAAUUCGACGUCGUCCUAUAAAAGUUUUGACUUCGAUGAUUGGAAACAAACGACCAACUCAUCAUCCAAAAACCCUCUUCACAGGGAGGCGAGUUCUUGCCGGAAAACCAAGAAUUUCCCUCCGCCGCUGACGACAAUGAGUGGCUCGAGUUCUUUGCAAGUGCGCCGCCACAGAGAAGAUGGGAGGCUGAUCAUUGAAGCGGUGGAGGCCCCGUUUAGGAAUUCUUAUCUGCAGGCGGAGAGGAGUGACGGCAGACUCAGGCUUUGCUUCUUGACGGGCUCCGACAGGGCGGAGAUAACCACCUCUGCCGCCGGAGAAGAACAUGAAGAAGAAGAAGAAGAAGAAAAUGGAGAUGAAUGUGGCGGCGAAUCGACGGAGGAGGAAGAAAUUGAGGAGGCCAGCAGCGACGUGGAAGAAUUUGAUGGAGAAAUUAAUUUGGAAAUGGAAAUGGAGAAAUUUCAAAGGCUGAGUAGGUGUUGCAAGGAAGAAGGGCAUGGCAAUAAAGGAUUGUGCAGUAAUUGGAAGCCUGCUCUUUGGGUGGCAAUUUCCUGAAAUAACUACUUUUUUUUUUUUUUUUUCUUGGAUUUUUAACCUCCAAUUCCUCCUCCUUUUUCCUUUCACUUUCUUAAUUUUUUGAUCGACAAUUUUAAGUUUCUCAAUUUUCUUUUCUGGGACCAUUUGGGGUAUUUCGAUUUUUCCUUGGGUGGAUUGAAUUCAUGGGGUGUGGUUUGGUAGUUAUAAUUGGCGCAGAACAUCGAAAUUUGGACAUGAAGUUGCAUGUUUUUACCACCCCAGAA